AUGUCUUCUCUGGGCGCACGGAGAGAGUUUAAAACCGGACCGCUGUACUUCUUUGACCAGAAUAAAGACCACACGGUCAACGGUGAAUCAAACGUUUGUGAUAGGAUCCCAGACCAGAAAGUGGUCGAUCCGUUGGGAGCCUAUAAGGAUGCUGCCCCUGAGCUGCUGGGGGAACUGGAGUCCCUUCUCUCCCGGUACCAGUGGUCCGAGGAGGGCUGUAUUCCACGGGGAGUCGUCAACAUCCUCAACUGCUCGUCACAAGAUCUGACCGCUGUUGUGUUGGAAAGUGGGAAAAGUCCCUUUCAAGGGGCCCACUGCGCAAAACACACUCUGAAUCUGAAAUCACAUAUCCCAGUGGCCGAUAGGAAUACGCCGAAGGAGCUCAUCGUAGAGAGCGUGAGAAAACUGAAAAAGAAGAAGUCCUCCCCAAAACUUCCCUUCGAGAGGAAAGUAAAACCGCGACCAGAUUUGCCAACGAGGGCUUUUUCCCCUGACGCACACAAAGACAGAGCUAAUGCCUCUUCCAGCAUCAGCUUCUCCAUGUCUUCAAAGAUCUGCAAGGACCAAGGAUGGAUCGUGGAGGCCGCGCGGCUGUGCUACGAGGAGCCCCAGCGGAGUGCCGUGUGGCAGUGGGUGCUCCAACGGCUGCAGAGCGCCCAGAUACCAAUAGAGCUGCAAGCCACCAGAGACCGAGAGAGAGGUCUGGACAAGCCUCCCGUAGUCCGCCACUACGGGGCGGUCCGGUCCCACUAUAGAAACAAGAGGGCCGUCGUAGACGAGCAGCGCCCCUUCGUCCUCGUCCAUGGGAUGCCCCAGAUCCCACAGGUACACCGAGAGGACCCGUCCGAACGGAAACUUCACUACGGGACCCCGGACGGCUCCUCGGUUGUCUAUUACCCGUCCGGGGGCGUGGCGGUGUGCCAGACCGGGUCGGGUUUGCCCUGCGGAGGCUUCUACACCAACGUGUUCAGCGACCGCCCGAGCCCCGCGGUCAUCGCUAGCAUGACCGCGUUCGGGCGCGGUGCCGCCACGCAUGCCGUCAGUGGGGUCGUCUCGGCUGUUUGGGACCGAGCUGGGGGGAAGCUUUGUGGCCCGGACGGCACCGUGACCAAAGAGUGGUCCUGGCUGAGAGGUUCGGGCUCCAAGGAGAGGGUUCUCAUACAGGUCUCAGAUUCAAUCUCUGUCAAACUACUGAACGGCACUUCUGGCCUGCUCCGCUUCAAGUGUCAAGGAGAAACGAUCCAACUUCCUCUCUCGGCCCUGUCCAGCAUGCCACCGCCCACAGACACGGUGUAUGUGGAGCCCAACCAGAGGUUAAUGACCCGCAAGGAGCCAAUGCUUCCAAAGAGGAGGGUUCCUGGGCACAGUGCAGAGAGCAGGCUGCUGCCGGUCCAAACCGCAAGCGCUGAUCGCUCAAGAAGGCGGCGCAGGUUUUCCGGCAACAGGAAGGUUGCUGGUGAUGCGGUGCCCUUGAGCAAGGCACCUGAAACCCCCGCCUGCUCCCCGGGCGUUGCACUGCGGCUGCCCACUGCUCCGGCUGUUCUGGUGUGCCCCCGUGUGUUCACCGGCUCCCAGAUGGGGCUCCGGUGUCCGGACAUCGAGCGGCUGCCAGGGGCCCCGCGGAGAGCCCGGCGCCCGGCGGUCGCCGCCCCGCACUCCCUCAACCCCCUGGGGUGGGAAGACCCCCGGCCGGGCCCCCCCCCCACAGCGGACCCGCCCAGACACCUCUCCGCAGCGGGGGGCUUCCCGUUACGCGCCUCCACGGGGGACGACUGGGCCAGGUCCAUCUUGACACCUCGGAGAGCGGUGAAGGAGGAGUCCCGGGUCACUCAGGUCGGAGCCCUGCGUGUCCACAGCAACAUCAGACUGGAGUAA